GCGGCGCGCAGCGCGGCGAAGGGCAGCGGGCGGCCGCUCGGCCCCGAGGAGGCGGCCGAGGUCGCCCGCUGGACCCUGGAGGCGACGGAGUGGAACCCGGCCAUCGCCUUCCCGAGUGCGGAGAGCUUCGCCGUGCUGCUCCUGCAGACGCUGGACGAGCUGAGCGAGGAGCGGCGGCGCGCGAGGGCGCGGGCCAACGACACCAUCCACGCCGCCUGCGGGCAGGGGCCGGGCGCCGCCGCCACCGAGGAGGAGACCGCGGCCGCCCUGGAGGCGCUGGACAAGAUCAACGCGGCGGAGGGCCAGCUGACCGUCGCGGCCGUGCUGGAGGGCCUGAAGCAGGCCGACAUGAG